AACAUUUAAAGGUGCAGGAUAACAUCACCACAAGUGUCAAUGGAUUAAAAAUGUCUACUGGGUGGAUCGCAACAGCAGGGCCAGCACUAUCAACGCAAACGUCUGUCGCUUAUAGAAUUACUGAGUGAUGAAGGAGGACCAACCGAGCUCCGCGCACUGCAGGAUACAGACCGGCCGGAAGGCUAGCUUGAUCCCCUCUUGGUAGAGGAAGCCGCUGUUGUUGACACUUGUCGGGCGACAAUGGCGACCGAAGUGCGGCAGGAGCUCGCACAGCUAAUGAAUUCAAGUGGAUCUCACAAAGAUCUCGCUGCCAAAUAUCGACAGAUUUUGGAGAAGGCCAUUCACUUUACAGAUGCAGAUCAGCUGGAGUCCUUGAAGGCUUUUGUUGAAGCAAUGGUCAAUGAAAAUGUCAGUCUUGUCAUCUCAAGACAGCUGCUCACUGAUUUCUGCACACAUCUGCCCAACCUGCCUGACGCCACAGCCAAAGCAGUGUAUCACUUCACCUUGGAAAAGAUUCAGCCACGGGUCAUCUCCUUCGAGGAACAGGUAGCUUCAAUUAGACAGCACUUAGCAACUAUUUAUGAAAAGGAGGGAGACUGGAGGAACGCUGCGCAGGUUUUAGUUGGUAUUCCCCUGGAAACAGGACAAAAGCAGUACAACGUCGACUAUAAGUUGGAUACAUACCUGAAAAUCGCCCGUCUCUACUUAGAGGAUGAUGAUCCAGUGCAGGCAGAGGCCUACAUCAACAGAGCCUCGUUGCUUCAGAAUGAGUCCUCUAACGAACAGCUGCAGAUACACUAUAAGGUGUGCUAUGCAAGAGUCCUAGACUUCAGGAGGAAGUUCAUUGAAGCUGCACAAAGAUACAACGAGCUGUCGUAUAAGUCAAUUGUACAUGAGAGUGAACGUCUGGAAGCACUGAAACAUGCCCUUAACUGCACCAUACUGGCUUCUGCAGGCCAGCAGCGUUCCCGUAUGCUGGCCACCCUCUUUAAGGAUGAGCGCUGUCAGCAGCUGGCUGCCUAUGGUAUCCUGGAGAAGAUGUAUCUGGAUCGGAUCAUCAGAGGGAACCAGCUGCAGGAGUUUGCUGCCAUGCUGAUGCCUCACCAGAAGGCCACCACAGCAGAUGGCUCCAGCAUCCUUGACAGAGCAGUGAUUGAACACAACCUCCUGUCUGCUAGUAAACUCUACAACAACAUCACUUUUGAAGAACUAGGAGCUCUGUUGGAAAUCCCCCCAGCGAAGGCUGAAAAGAUUGCUUCCCAGAUGAUCACUGAAGGACGCAUGAACGGCUUCAUCGACCAGAUAGACGGCAUCGUACACUUUGAGACCCGUGAACCCCUUCCUACCUGGGACAAACAGAUCCAGUCUCUGUGUUUCCAAGUCAACAACCUCCUAGAAAAGAUCCGCCAGGCUGCUCCAGAGUGGGCGGCGCAGGCUAUGGAAGCCCAGAUGACCCAGUAAACAUACCCACCCUACUCCACUAAAAAAAAAAAAAACAAAUGUAAAAAAAACCCAAAACAAAAAAGAAAUCCCCUUAGCUGCUCCCU